GACACCGUUUGACAUGGCAGGCCUAUCAUCGUUUGGAAGAUAUCCACGGCUUCUUUGAUUACAUGGCUCAGACAUAUCCUGAAAUUUGCUCCGUUGAAAUUAUUGGUUAUUCGAUUGAAAAGAGGCCCUUAAAGAUUUUGAAGAUCUCCAAUGGCAAUGCCAACAACCCUGGUAUUUGGAUCGAUGGUGGUAUGCAUGCCCGUGAAUGGAUUAGUCCUGCUGUUGUUACCUAUAUUGCCAAUCAAUUGCUUGAAGGAUGGGAUGAUUUGCCCGCCUAUAUGCGUAAUAUUAACUGGUACAUUCAUGCUGUUGCCAAUCCUGAUGGUUAUGAAUAUUCCCAUACCACUGAUCGUCUAUGGCGUAAAAAUAUGAGAUCUCAUGGACGUGCUUGCCCCGGUGUUGAUUUGAACCGUAACUUUGGUUAUAAAUGGGGUGGUAAGGGAACCUCCGCUAAUCCUUGUUCACAAACCUACAGAGGCUCUAAGGCAUUCUCCGAACCAGAGACAUUCUACAUUUCCAAAUACAUUAGCAAUUUCCCACGCGAUACGUUCAAGGCCUAUUUGACAUUCCACAGUUAUGGUCAGUACAUUUUGUAUCCAUGGGGUUAUGAUUAUCAUAUUACCAAAGAUAUGGCUGAUUUGGAUUUGGUGGGACGUCAAGCAGGAACGACCAUUACCCGCCGCAGUGGUGUUAAAUACACAGUUGGCUCCUCGGCUCACACUUUGUACCCAGCUGCUGGUGGUUCGGAUGAUUGGGCUAAGGGCUUUGCCGGUAUCAAAUAUGCCUACACAAUUGAAAUGGGUGACACUGGUCGUUUCGGUUUUGUGCUACCCGCCUCCUACAUCGAACCCAAUGGCAAUGAUGGCUAUACAUUUGUGGAGACUGUUGCUCGUGCCAUUACCAUGGGUAAAAAUGCCCGUAGACGUAAACUGAAGGCCAACACACAAUAG